AUGUCUCGUCCUGAGGAUACCCUUGCCGCCGACGUCCACUAUGACGAUACCGAAGCGCGCAAGUACACAACAAGCUCCCGAAUCCAAAACAUUCAGGCCUCUAUGACACGAAGAGCCCUCGAACUCCUCGAUCUCAAGUCACCGUCCCUUAUUCUCGACGUUGGCUGCGGCAGUGGUCUUUCCGGCGAGAUCCUCUCCUCAAUCGAGCCCGAAGAAGGCGGCCCUCACACAUGGAUCGGAAUGGACGUCUCACCAUCAAUGCUGGACAUUGCACUACAGAGAGACGUAGAAGGUGAUCUGAUGCUAGCAGACAUCGGCCAAGGCGUACCCUUCCGAGCUGGUACUUUCGACGCAGCGAUCAGCAUCUCCGCUAUCCAAUGGCUCUGUAGUGCCGAAACAAGCGAUACAUCGCCCUUCGGCCGCCUAACCCGCUUCUUCAACGGUCUUUACGCAUCACUCAAGCGCGGCGGUCGAGCAGUCUGUCAAUUCUACCCCAAGAACGAUGAGCAGCGCCACAUGAUCACCCAAGCCGCCGUGAAAGCCGGCUUCGGCGCCGGUAUGCUCGAAGACGACCCCGGCACCAAGAACCAGAAGCUGUACCUCGUCUUGACCGUCGGAGGCGGUGAUAUUCAGAAGAAGGGCGGUGAUAUCACUGGUGUUGUUGAGGGUAUGGAGGGUGUGGAUGUUGAGGAUGCGAGAAGGCAGAUUAAGGCGCAUGCUCCGAAUAUGUCAAAGGGUAGUAAGGCGUGGAUCGUCAAGAAGAAAGAGCAGAUGGAACGGAAGGGAAAGAUUGUUAAGGCGACAUCCAAGUACACUGGACGAAAGCGACGGAUACAGUUUUAG